AUGUCGGACCCACUGCACGCCUACCUUGACCUGUCUCAGGCUGCUCAGGAGUCGCCGUCGGUGUUGCCCAAGCUUCAGCGUAUGCUGCAAGGUCAGUCGGGUGCACCUUGUCGCCAGCCAUCCAUCGCCGCACAGCCUGUCGGCGGUCGGCGGUCAGAGGUCGGAGGUGGCCGCCCCCCCCCACCCCUCUCCCCCCCCCCCCCCCCCCCCCGGCUGACUAGCCUCAUUUUACUGACUACCUGCCUGCCUACCCUUGCCGUCGACGCCCAAAACCGUCGUCAUCAUACAUUGUGUCGGUUGAUGGUCUGCCUCGAUGUUGCCGUGAUGACGCACCCCCGCCCGGCUUCGCUCCACAGUGCUCCAAAAGGGCGAGGAACCCGUGCCCGAAGUUCGGCGGCGACUGCUCGCCGCGAUCCUGUCCUCGCUACAAGCCUCGUUCCUGCUCACCUCCUCGCCGACGAUGCUCACUCCGAUCGCGUCGAUACUCAAGCUGCUCGGCCGCUCCGCCGCGGGGAGUGAGGAGCUCGGCCGUGCGCAAGCGUUGAGCGUACUCGUGCAGCUCGGCGGGUUGGACCGCGUCGGCCGACUGCCCGUCCCGACAUCGCGCCGCAACUCGAGGGUGCUGCCGACCACCUUCAAUGUGCAGGAUCUCGGCAUCAGCGGAUCGACAAGCGAAGAAGAGCCCGAGGACGGUGACUACCUGCAAGGGCAGUCGGAUCCGUUGUUCCCCUACGAAUGCGAGGCGCUGCGCUGUCUUUGCAACACCCUCAUGCUCCAUCCGAGCUCGCGCGACAGCUUCUCGGACUGGCUACGCAACGAUCCCAGCCGCAAGGCAGUACGCGGCCUACUACGAUUGCUCGACUGUGACACCGCAGGGUUCCUCAGCGGUCGCGUACUGUUCCUCAUCACGAGCAAGCCCACUCCCUUGAUCGUCGAGCUCACCGAAAAUCGUGACACGAUCGAAAAGAUGCGAAAGGUCAGCAGCCCCAUUCAGCCGCGGCUCGAUUUCGGCCCACUUUCAACCAGGCGUUGUAGUAUUUCUGACAGGUUUCCGUUUUGCUCGCUCCAGUUCGCCGAUCGCUACCUUCGCAGGCUUCGAGAUCCCGAGCUGGCCCUCUCGUUGACCACGGGGCCCAUGCCGACCCCCGCCGACACACUGCGCGAGCACCUAAAACUGGCUUACAACAUCAUGCUGCAGUAUGGACGCCUCGCUCCAGCCCUGUCUCAGCCACCUCUCACCCCCGUCUCCGAAACGGAAGCGAUGUCACCGUUAUCCGUCCCUGACCAAUCGGACUCUUCCACUUCGCCUGCUAGCUUCGUUUCAACCGACUCGUCCUCGCAUUCCGAUCCAGUCCGAGACACGAGUGAUGUCGACGACGAUCUGUUUCAACCUCAAUCAGAAGGCGCCCAGCGAUUCGGCUCCCUCGGUUCGGCUACAACCGAGCUCGCCGUCAAGGAAAAGAAGAGGCGCUUCAGGUGGUCUGGCAUGAGUAAUCGGUCCAUCUCUACUACGACCGAGCCGAGCAGCGAUGAGGGGGAGUCACUCAGAAUGCCCGGAACCAGUGACAUGCUAGCAUCGGCAACCGCCGACCGGCAAUUUUCCAAAACUUCGAGCAAUUUUGGCCGCAAAAUUCGUGAGGCCGUAGGGGGCUCUCCGGGCUCAUCGACGCGUAGUCCGUCACCAUCGCCAACUGUGACUCAGAGCUCCCUCUCCAGCCACACUUCUACACCAAGACGGGAUACUGUCCCCCCCAACUCUGAAAACGGGAGCUCGGGGAUGCUCACACUCGAGACCGUGCGACCGUUCCUGCCUCUGUUCAGGCCAUGCCUGACGCUUGCCUGCUGCCUCGGGCUCGGCGACGAUCCCCAGGAUCCCAAUCCGCUGCUCCGCGGCGCUCUCAACACUUUGCUCAACUUCCCCAUCGAGCUCGAGGAGUUCGAUGGGCUCGAGUACUCGUGGCUGCAGCCCGUGCCGGAGUCGGAUUCGCUCGCCCGCGUCACAACCUACUGCACGCGACGCAAUGUCCCGCGGCUUCCUUCAUUACCAGGCCGGUUAAUGGAGAUUCUAGCCAUGACGUGCAACGCCUGGUUCCCCGUCGACAAAGCACCUUUGGAAAAGACCUUGCACAACCGUCGGCCUACCGUCCCGGCGAGCCACGUGCAGCUGCCUGCUCAUCCCGACGAUCUCUUGCCUCGAGGUACUGGCGGUGAAAGUGCCAAGGUGGAUGAAAUCCUCGGUCCCGUUAUGUUGCUGUUGCGCAAGGUCUCAAUGCUUGCGGAACCAGCCGAGAUCAUACGAGAAAUCCUUCUCCCCGAUGACAUGCGAGUCCCUACAGUAUCCCAUCUCGCACCUCUCGUUCCAGGCCUGACUUGUUCGUUCAUUCACAGUGAUCGCUCGCUUCCCCUCGAACAAAGGUCUGACCUGACGGGUCACCUCGUACGGCUCCUUUCGUCGCUAUUGCUACCCAACACCGCAUACGGCGUCGGCGAAUUCCUCUACAACCUGUGCGACCGGGACCCAGCCACCCUCUCGACCCAGAUUGGCUACGGCAACGCUUCGGGAUUCCUUCAGAAUCGAGGUGAGCUCAUUCCUCCGCCGCCCAUCCAUCAAUCUCCGCAAAGGCGGCGCAAGAGCGGGAACCCCACCAGUUCCGUGAGAACGUCUGACGGUACCGCCGAGAAAGGCCGUCCUUGGAGCACGCUCUCAUCGGCUUCAACGGUGCGAGAGGAGGGGAACGAGAUCAACGCGAUGAGAUCCGGACCCCGAACCGUCAAUCCCAUCACGGGUGCUUUCGAGCUCCCACCCGACUUCGACACUGAGGACGAAAUGACCGAGGAGGAAAAAGAGCGAGAAGCCGAGAAACUAUACGUGCUCUUCGACCGCAUGCAGCGCACGGGUGUCAUGGACGUUGAGAAUCCGAUCCGCAAAGCGCGAGGGGAGGGCAAGCUGGAGGAAACCACGGACGAGCUUGAAGCAGAGCGCAAGAGGCUGGACGAAGAGGAUGCGCGUGUGGAGAAGGAGGUCGAGAAGGAGAUGGCGAUCUUCAAAUUGAGGAAGCGUGGUGGACAAGAGCUAACCUGA